GCGUUUCCCGGUGCCACCCAGGAGAGCAGAAUUCAACCUUCCUCCUUACCCAUCUGUGAAAUGGGCGCAAGCGGCGCAACGUAAGGGGAUUACCGGUUCCGUGGCGGGGUUUGCCGGCAGCGACGCGCUCCGGGUUGGCCGGAGGAUGAUUUUUGGGAUUGAUGCCCGGGAGCUGAUCCUGAUCCGGGAGCCCACGGCCUCGGCUAUGGACGUCGUCCUCUCCGACUUCGUCCGCUCAACGGGGGCAGAGCCAGGACUGGCCAGAGACCUGCUGGAAGGCAAGAAUUGGGAUCUGAGCGCAGCCCUGAGCGACUUCGAGCAGCUACGGCAAGUGCAUGCUGGGAACCUGCCCCAUUCCUUCAACGAGGGUCGUGGCUACAAACCACCCGAAAAAGAGGUGGCCCGGCCCGGGCGACCGCCGCUCCAGCGGCAGGAUGACAUCGUGCAAGAGAAGCGCCUGUCGCGAGGCAUUUCCCACGCCAGCUCCACCAUCGUCUCCCUGGCCCGUUCCCACGUCUCCAGCAACGGCGGCAGCAGCGACCACCUCCUGGAAAUGCCCAUCUGCACCUUCCAGCUGCCCGACCUCACCUCCUACACCGAGGACUUCCGCAGCUUCAUCGAGCGCGACCUCAUCGAGCAGUCCAUGCUGGUGGCACUGGAACAAGCUGGUCGCCUGAACUGGUGGGCCAACGUGGAUCCCAGUUGCCAACGGCUUCUUCCACUGGCCACCACCGGGGAUGGGAACUGCCUGCUCCACGCCGCCUCCCUGGGGAUGUGGGGUUUCCACGAUCGCGACCUCAUGCUCCGCAAAUCCCUUUACACCCUGAUGGACAAAGGGCUGGAGAGGGAAGCCCUGAAGAGGAGGUGGCGCUGGCAGCAGACGCAGCAGAACAAGGAGUCUGGCCUCGUUUACACGGAGGAGGAGUGGCAGAAGGAGUGGAACGAGCUGAUCAAGCUGGCAUCCAGCGAGCCCCGCGUCCACUACGGCACCAACGGGGGUGGCUGUGGGGGGGUGGAGAGCUCGGAGGAGCCGGUGUACGAGAGCCUGGAGGAAUUCCACGUCUUCGUCCUCGCCCACGUCUUGAAGAGACCCAUCGUGGUGGUGGCCGACACGAUGCUGAGGGACUCGGGGGGAGAAGCCUUUGCCCCCAUUCCCUUUGGAGGGAUUUAUCUUCCCCUGGAGGUCCCAGCCAACAAGUGCCAUCGCUCUCCCUUGGUUCUGGCUUAUGAUCAAGCCCAUUUUUCUGCCCUGGUAUCCAUGGAGCAGAAGGAACCCACAAAAGAUCAAGCUGUGAUCCCCCUGACGGACUCGGAGCACAAGCUGCUCCCCGUGCACUUCGCCGUGGACCCCGGGAAGGAGUGGCAGUGGGGCAAGGAUGACAAUGACAACGUCAAGUUGGCCAGCGUGACGUUGUCGCUGGAGGCCAAGCUGCACCUGCUGCACAGCUACAUGAAUGUCAAGUGGAUCACCUUGCCUUGCGACACGCAGGCGCCUUUGGCCCAACCAGAAUCUCCCACAGCUUCCGCCGGCGACGACGCUCGUUCGGCGGCGGAAUCGGGCGAAUCGGACAAGGAAUCAGUCUGCAGCAGCUCGACCAGCAACGGGGGGAGCAGGACCUGCAAAGAGCGAGAAAAACCCAAAAAAGACCGGGAGAAAGAGAAAGAAAAAGAGAAAAAACGAGCGGAUUCGGUGGCCAACAAACUUGGCAGCUUCGGCAAGACCUUGGGGAGCAAACUCAAGAAGAACAUGGGGGGGUUGAUGCACGGCAAAGGGGGCAAAGGUGGGGUGACCAACGGGCAAGGGGACACCUUGGAGAAGAAGAAGAAAAGUUCGUUGAAAUCGAGGAAAAGCAGCAAAGAGGAAACAUCUCCCGGUGAUGUGGGGGUUGUGGAAAAAAGCUCCGGGGGGAAAACGAUGGAAAAAAGCUCAGAUUCUUGGAAAUACGGCAACGACGUCCGGUUGAGUUUGAACAUCCUACGGGCGGCCAUGCAAGGAGAGCGGAAGUUCAUCUUCGCUGGCCACCUCAAAACCAGUACGAGGCACCAGUACCAGGAGGAGAUGAUCCAGAGGUACCUCCUGGACGCCGAGGAACGGUUUUUGGCCGAGCAAAAACAAAAAGAAAUGGAAAAAAAAGCUUCGGGGAACGUCGCCAUCGCCCCCCCUUUGGCCAAGAAGGAAGCGGAAGGGAAGCGGGAGGAGGAGGUGAUGCUCAACCCCCAACCUCCCCCCCCCGUCGCCCCCCACACCCAGGAUUUGGGCCCGAGUGUUAAAAUCCCCGCUUUUCCCCCCGGUUAUUCGGGUGUUUUCACUUUUCCCCGACCGUCCCCCGUGAACAGUUUGGAAAUGGGGGGGUCUCACCCCAUUUCCGGCUCGGAGGAGCCGGUGUACGAGAGCCUGGAGGAAUUCCACGUCUUCGUCCUCGCCCACGUCUUGAAGAGACCCAUCGUGGUGGUGGCCGACACGAUGCUGAGGGACUCGGGGGGAGAAGCCUUUGCCCCCAUUCCCUUUGGAGGGAUUUAUCUUCCCCUGGAGGUCCCAGCCAACAAGUGCCAUCGCUCUCCCUUGGUUCUGGCUUAUGAUCAAGCCCAUUUCUCUGCCCUGGUAUCCAUGGAGCAGAAGGAACCCACAAAAGAUCAAGCUGUGAUCCCCCUGACGGACUCGGAGCACAAGCUGCUCCCCGUGCACUUCGCCGUGGACCCCGGGAAGGAGUGGCAGUGGGGCAAGGAUGACAAUGACAACGUCAAGUUGGCCAGCGUGACGUUGUCGCUGGAGGCCAAGCUGCACCUGCUGCACAGCUACAUGAAUGUCAAGUGGAUCACCUUGCCUUGCGACACGCAGGCGCCUUUGGCCCAACCAGAAUCUCCCACAGCUUCCGCCGGCGACGACGCUCGUUCGGCGGCGGAAUCGGGCGAAUCGGACAAGGAAUCAGUCUGCAGCAGCUCGACCAGCAACGGGGGGAGCAGGACCUGCAAAGAGCGAGAAAAACCCAAAAAAGACCGGGAGAAAGAGAAAGAAAAAGAGAAAAAACGAGCGGAUUCGGUGGCCAACAAACUUGGCAGCUUCGGCAAGACCUUGGGGAGCAAACUCAAGAAGAACAUGGGGGGGUUGAUGCACGGCAAAGGGGGCAAAGGUGGGGUGACCAACGGGCAAGGGGACACCUUGGAGAAGAAGAAGAAAAGUUCGUUGAAAUCGAGGAAAAGCAGCAAAGAGGAAACAUCUCCCGGUGAUGUGGGGGUUGUGGAAAAAAGCUCCGGGGGGAAAACGAUGGAAAAAAGCUCAGAUUCUUGGAAAUACGGCAACGACGUCCGGUUGAGUUUGAACAUCCUACGGGCGGCCAUGCAAGGAGAGCGGAAGUUCAUCUUCGCUGGCCACCUCAAAACCAGUACGAGGCACCAGUACCAGGAGGAGAUGAUCCAGAGGUACCUCCUGGACGCCGAGGAACGGUUUUUGGCCGAGCAAAAACAAAAAGAAAUGGAAAAAAAAGCUUCGGGGAACGUCGCCAUCGCCCCCCCUUUGGCCAAGAAGGAAGCGGAAGGGAAGCGGGAGGAGGAG